AUGGAAGGAUUUCACCCAUUAUCUCCUCCUCCAAAUUCCUCGAAAAAAGCAUUUUUUGCUAUUUUUACCGUCCUCGCCAUCAUCGGCACAAUUUCUUUAUUUUCUCUUCUAAAUAGCCCUUCAAAACUCCCUACAGACCUCCAAUAUCAAAUAGAAGAGCAGGAAUUUCAAGAUUUCAUCAUUAAAUGGAACAAAAUUUAUUCUGCAGAAAAUGAAUACCAGGCUCGUUUUAAAAUUUUCCAAGAAAACUCUGGCUUUAUCCGAAUUUUUAAUUCUCAAGGGCAUACUUGGACAUUAGGCAUAAACGAAUUCGCUGAUAUGGCGCCUGCUGAAUUUAAAAGUAUUUACACCCCAAGUAAAUUUCCUAUUAAAAAUGGGGAAAAUUAUGAGGAUUUUGAAGGACUUGAAGUACCUACACAAAUUGAUUGGACUACUCUUGGCGCUGUUACCCUUGUGAAAAAUCAAGGCCAAUGUGGAAGUUGCUGGGCAUUUUCUACAACAGGGUCUGUAGAAGGGGCUUGGUUUUUAGCAGGACAUACACUAACACCUUUUUCUGAGCAAGAGCUUGUAGAUUGUUCAAGGACUUAUGGGAAUAUGGGCUGCAAUGGAGGUCUUAUGGACUAUGCAUUUAAAUAUAUAGCCAAAUAUGGAAUAACUACAGAGGAAAACUAUCCAUAUACAGGCAGAAAUGGACGUUGUAACUCAGAGAAGGUAAAACAAGUCGCUGCCACCAUUUCUUCAUUUAAAGAUGUAGGCUCUAAUAGUGUAGAUGAUCUACAAGCAGCAGUUUCUUUACAGCCUGUAAGUGUAGCGGUUGAAGCUGACCAGAUUGCUUGGCAAUUUUAUUCAGGAGGGGUUGUAACGAGCAGCUGUGGGACUGCUCUGGAUCAUGGAGUUUUGGUGGUUGGAUAUGAUAUGGCCAAUAAUCCACCAUUUUGGAAGGUGAAAAAUUCGUGGGGAGAACAGUGGGGUGAAGCUGGCUAUAUAAGAAUUGGGGUAGUUGCAGGAAAAGGACUAUGUGGAAUACAAAUGCAGCCAAGCUACCCAGUAGUUUAA